AUGAAGCCCAUAGGGAAAGCAGUAAAAGUGAAACUUUACAUUGUUGCACCUUUAUUGAGCAAUGCAGAAAAUGUGGCAGGUUUAUAUGGUGAAUUAGGUUCAAAUGGUGAAUUAGGGUGGGAUACUGCAGUACACCAAACCCUCAUUGCUCACGUGUCUAGCCCAAAUUGUCAAAAUGAUGAGUUGAUAAGUUUAUAUGGAUUUGAUGAUGAUGGAUUUGACAGUGGUUCUAUGCAGCAAGAGUUUAUUCCUUCAAGGGAUUUGGGGGAAAAGGAAUUAGAAGUAGGCAUGAAAUUUGGGUCAGCUGAAGAUUUUAGGUUGGCAUUGAGGGAAAUAGCAUUGAAGAACAAGUUUGAUAUAAAAUUCACAAGAAAUGAUGGAGAUAGGGUAAGUGCAGUAUGCAAAGCUGAAUGUGGUUGGAGGAUAUAUGCAAGCAAACCAGAAUAUAAUAAUUGCUUAAUAAUUAAGACAUGUGUAUCAAAACACACAAAUUGCCUUUGGUUUCACACCAAUGCACAAGCAUCAUCUUCCUAUUUAGCAACCAAAUACUUAGAACAAUUGAGAAUUAACCCAAAGAUGCCUUUAAGUACACUUAGGACCAAUAUUGCAUGUGAUUUAAACAUUGAUGUAUCUAAACACAAAGUGUAUAAGGCUAAGAGGAAGGCAUUAGAAUUGAUUGAGGGAAAUGAUGCAGAACAGUAUGAAAAAAUGAGGGAUUAUUGUAGUUUGAUCUUGAGAACAAACCCUGGUGUUAUUAAACUACAAACUGAGCCCACUGGUGUUGAAAAUGAGAGAAGGUUUCAAAGGGUUUUUAUCCGUUAUUCCGCAAUGAAAACUGGUUUUAAAGAAGGUUGUAGGCCCCUAAUUGGUGUGGAUGGUUGCUUUCUAAAAGGGCCAUAUGGUGGCCAUCUAUUGAGUGCAGUGUCAAAUGAUGGAAAUGGCCAAAUUUUUCAAGUUACAAUUGCAAUAGUGGAAGCUGAGACAAGAGAUUCUUGGGAGUGGUUUAUGGGAGAAUUGAUUGAUGUCAUAGGGUCCUACCAUGGUACAACUUUCAUAUCUGAUAGACAGAAGGUACAAUGCUAUGGCAUUAGUGAGGCAGUUGACAUUGAGAAUAAAUCAUGCAGUUGUAGGGUCUGGGAUGUGACUGGUAUCCCUUGUAGGCAUGCUGGAGCAUGCAUAUUUACCAAGAGAAACUCUCCUGAAGCAUAUGUUCACCCACACUACCACAGAGAAACCUAUUUGAAGUCCUAUGCUGGUAUAAUCUUGGCAAUUCCAAUGGGGAGGUUGAUGACAACAGACCCCAUUCACCCAUUGCUUCCACCAUACUAUAGGAAACCCACUAGUAGACCAAAGAAGGUAGGAAAGUGGUCACAACUCAAGGACAUGUCAAUUAGUUGA